AUGACAUGGGCUAAGGCUUGUGACUCGUCUACACCAGCCACUAUUUACGUUCCCCAGGGUAUAUUCUACGUUCGAAGUGUGAGCUUUAAUGGGCCUUGUAAGAACAAUGUUAUUACUGUUCUCAUUGAUGGAACUCUUGUGGCUUCCUCAGAGAUUCAAGUUUUAGCUAAAACUAAAUCUUGGAUUGAGUUUAGUCACAUAGAUGAGCUUUCGAUUACUGGUGGUAUUAUCAAUGGGCAAGAAACUGCCUUAUGGAAUUGUAAACACUUGGGAAAGAGAUGCCCCAUUGGAGCCACGAGUAUUCAAAUAAAUGAUGCACAAAAUGUGAACAUCAAUGGAUUAUCUUCGAUUAACAGCCAAAAGUUCAACAUGGUGCAUGGAUUUCAAAACGUGCAUAUGACAAGAGUGAAUGUCUCGUCUAUAGACGAUAGUCCAAACACUGAUGGCAUCCAUGAGCAACAAUCAUCAGAUGUGACCAUCCUCAACUCGAGCAUUAGCAACGGUGACGACUACAUCUCAAUCAGUCCAGGGACCUCCAACUUGUGGAUGGAAAGUAUUAUAUGCGGACCUGGACAUGGAACUAGCAUUGGGAGCUUGGGGAUAAAGGCCGAAGAGGAUGGAGUGCAUAACGUUACACUGACAUUAUCUACUUUCUCUAGAACUCAUAAUGGAGCUUCUGGAGUUAAAGUCAUCGAAGUAACAUACGAAGACAUCAAGGGAACUUCCGCCACUGAAAUACCAAUCAAUUUUGAUUGUAGCCCAAUAAAUCAUUGCACUAAAUUAGGUUUGAAAGACAUAAACCUAACUUAUGAGAAUCACAUCGCUAAAGCUUCAUAUACGGUGAGGAACGACAUUGGACGCCAUUCGUGCUGGAUAAGAGCACUGGCUUUGCCAAAGUUGUUCACUCGAGCCUUCACCGUGGUCAGUGGACCAAGUGCAUGUUGGGUGCCAAUGGUGAUGGCUUCUAGAGUUAAAGGCCUCGAAGUAACAUACGAAGAGAUCAAGGGAACUUCCGCCACUGAAAUAGCAAUCAAUUUUGAUUGUAGCCCAAUAAAUCAUUGCACUGGAUUAAGCUUGAAAGACAUAAACCUAAUUACGAGAAUCACAUCGCUAAAGCUUCAUGUAAAAAUGCCGAAGGAACUACCUCUGGUGUGGUUGAACCUUCUGGUUGCUUAG